AUGGAGAAGACGCUCAACUUGAAGGCCAUGAUCACCAAGUUCCUGAAGGAGAUCAAGCAUAAGCUGGGCGAGACGAUGACCCACUUCGACCCGGAGGACGACGAGGAGUACAUGUUCGCCUACCUUUGGGGCAUGCACGAGGCGCACCGCUUCCUCACGCCCCACGUGCCCGCCGCAGCCAAGUCCCAGGAGAGCGCCGAGGUGUGUCGCUCCGAAGGGAACCGCUACUACAACAUGGGCAACUUCGAGACGGCCAGGUCGCUGUACAGCAAGGGCAUCAUGCUCGCCCCCCACCCCAAUCUAAAUGAUAACAGCUCCAGCCGGGGCAGGUCCACCCCGGGGGGGUUGAGUCUUCAGGACACAGAGAGCAUUGACAACAGAUCUACCUAUGAGGAUUACGACACGCUUGCCAUCUGCUACGCCAAUAGGUCCGCCGUGCACCUGGAGCUCGGGUACUUCGACGACUGCCUCAGGGACAUCGACCUAGCGUUCCAGGCCGGAUACCCCGACGAGACCAAACUCAUGAAGAGGAAGGUACGGUGCCUCCACGCCCGGGGGAAGGACGACAAGCCCUCCAAGAUGGAAAUGCUAGCCAUCCGCCACCUGCACGGACGACCCAGGGAGGAGACUUUCCACGAGCGAUUCAGACUGUACCAGCAGAGCCAGACUGGUGGCCAUAUCUUCACCGAAAGUUUCCGGAAGUCGCUGCUGUCCGAAUCCGAGGUCCCAACCUCGAAAGUGAGCGAUCCCCACCCGAACAUCCCCGCCCUCAGCAGCGCCGUCACUCUAGCCUACAAGCCCGACCGAGGCAGACACAUCGUCACUGCGCGGGAUGUCUACCCAGGGAGUCUUGACAUAGCAAUGCCAAGAUUAAAGAUAAUCAAUAUCCUGGCAGGCGAGACACUGUUGGUGGAGGACAGCUUUUGUACUUGCUUGAAGGAAGCCUCUCUUGCUCGCCGUUGCACCACCUGCUGUAUCCGGAGCAUCAACCCCGUUCCCUGUCCUACUUGCUCUCUGACUCCUUCAGCAGCUCACAUGUUCCGAUACUGUGUAAGUGGAUAUGUGACGUGGCUGAUCGUUCGAGUUUUAAGAAAUGUCUGCCGUCCUCGCAACAGGACGCGCUUUAUGCUGACUCGGGUCUCCUGCCCCUUCCCCGCCCUCCAGGUUGUGUUCUGCAGCGAGGAGUGCAGAACGCGAGGCCUCGCCGAUUUCCAUGAGCAGGAGUGUGAGGUUCUGCCCGCUCUGGCGGCUUUCAGCGGCGAUACUCCAUGUGUGUUAGCCUUCCGAAUCCUUAUGAAGCUCUCCUUCGCACGCCUUAAGGAGCUGAUCCCCAGGCUUAAGAAAGAAGCAGAGACACUGCCUCCGGAGAAACUCGGUUUUAAUGAAGACGGCAUAUAUAGUUCUUACGACUUCCGUGCGAUCUAUCACCUAUGCUCAAACAAACAACACCAUACCAAUAAACAGCUUUUCGGCAGGUGCAUUGAGGCAUUCAUCGUAACCAAGCUCCUGGAGAUGAGCAGGAAGUACUUCGUGAACAGCCGCGGCGAGCCAGUGUGUCCCAGCGAGGAAGACGUCCUGCUGACGGGGAGCACCUUGGUCUCUCUCAUCAUGAAACUCCGGUGCAAUAUAUUCACUAUUAAAGAUUUACAGGUAUCCUAUAAUUUCACCGGAGACGUAGUCGGGGCGAACGUCGGGACGAAAGUUCUCGCUACCAUGAGUUUGCUGAACCACUCGUGUAACCCAAGCGCAGUGCCAAGCUACGGCAGUGACCCGUCUUCACUGUAUGCCGUGAGAUUCAUCCCCGCGGGCGAGGAAGUGACGACUUUCUACGGCUUUCGGUACUUCGAGAAGGACACCUCCGCACGCCGGCACCACCUGCUCAUCCACUACUACUUCCUGUGCAAGUGCGAGGCGUGCGAGAGCGACUGGCCCGAAAAGAGCCAUUUCCCUGCAGAGGUUUCCAUGAAGUGCGUGGAGUGCGCGGAGGCGGUCAGCUGCAAGACGGGCGAGUGCAGGCGAUGCCGCGUGGAGAAGCCGAAGCAGGGGGACAAGGACGUCGUCAGGAGGAACAAGAAGAUCGGCAAGGAGAUUCUGCGGACGGUAGAGGCUUACACCCACAUACGCAACAGCCAGCGCUUCAUGGACGGCAAUAGCGAAGAGGACCGGGAGGUUAUUAGCAAAGUUAUUGAAUUAAUGGAUAGACAUGUAGUGCUGCCGUGCAAGCUUUAUUACGAAGCACAAGAAACAUUGCAAGUUUACCUGAACCGAGCAGGGAAAUUUAUGUACGUGAUUCCAGACAAAAAGGAAGAAAAUUUAAAUGACCUUUCAAGAUUUUAUUGGCCACUCCUUGCCUAAAAUGGAACUGUUAAGUGUAUCAAAAUAAGGGCUCCCUGUCGCAGGUCAAACCCUAUAAUCGACGGACAUUUUUAUUGUAUUGGACACAGAACUCUUUAAAGAUGAUACAGAUAAAAUGGUGCCAUUAAUAAGAAAAUCUAUAACUGGUAUCUUAACAAACUGAAAGUACAAUACCAAAACACACACACACACACACACACACACACACACACACACACACACACACACACACACACACACACACACACACACACACACACACACACACAGUGCAAGAGUUCUUAAGUGCCUUUACUUCCAAAAUG